AUGGAUCCGCUGAGCGCACGCGCCGGGACAGACCGACUGCUUCCGACUGCAUCGCUGAGCCACAAUUCAACGCGCGCCAUGGCAGCCACCGCCAAGUACGCCACCUUUGACACGCCACCGGCGGCGCACCCGACCAAAUCGGCCAAUUUUGUCUCCCGCGCCUUCUUUGCCUGGGCGCUGCCACUCAUUCGCACGCCGCGCCAGCUCAACCUUGAUGAUGUGUGGCACCUCACGCCCGAGACCACGUGUGCGGCCAACUCUGCGCCGCUCGCGGCGGCCUACGCCGAGUCGCCGUCGGUCGUCAAGGCCUUUCUGCGGGUCUACGGCGGCUCGUACUUUCUCAUGGCGCUCCUCGGCUUGCUCCUCCGUCUUCUCGAGCUCGUCGGACCCAUCGUGCUCAACAAGGUCGUCGGUGCUGUCGACGCGCCGUCAACAUUGUACCAAUGGGCCGGCCUCCUCUGUCUCUCGAUGACGUCGCAUGCCUUUCUGCUCGCGCACUGCGUCGUUCUCGAAGAAACCACGUUGGUUCGGUUUACAUUGGGUCUAAAAGGCCUCUUGUUCCAGAAGCUUCAGCGACGCAGCCUCGUCACCAACGACGUGCCGGAGCUCGCCAACAUUUACACCGCCGACCUCAGCACGAUCGAGUGGGGUCUCCUCUCGCUCCUCAGCGCAUGGAUCCUUCCGUGCCAGAUUGUCUGUAUUGUCUACCUCCUCUACCGAGAGAUCGGACUCGCUGUCUUUGCUGGCAUCGCCGUCAUCGUCGUCUCCAUGCUCAUUGGCGGGUACAUUUCGACGCUGAUUGGCGCCGCGUACGACGACGUGAGCACGGCCCGUGACGUGCGCAUGAAAGCAGUCAAGGAGAGCUUUGGCUCGGUCCUCAUUGUCAAGCUCCAGGCGUGGGAGCGCCAAGUUGCCGAGAAGCUCGCCGUCCUCCGCGGCACCGAGCUGCUCUAUGUGUGGCAACUCGUGCGCGCCGAGGCGCUUGGUAUCUUUUCCAUGUACGCAGCGCCGCUCGCCGUCUCGGUUGCGUCGUUUGUCUGCUACACGCUCGUGCUUGGACACACGCUGACCCCGGCCAAGGUCUUUACGUCCAUCGCUCUCUUUCGCAUGCUGCAAGAGCCGAUGAACCAAACGCCUGAUAACAUCACGGGGAUCAUUGAAGCGUGGACCGCGAUCCGCCGCAUCAGCGAGUUUCUUAAUCAACCCGACAAGCCGUUGCCGCCGCCAGGGUUGCCCACGGCUCCCGAGGUGGUGCUGGCCAUGGAAGGCAUGGACGCGUCGUGGGACAAUACUACCGUCCAUCUCACUAAACUCCAUUUGAGCAUUUGCCGCGGGGACUUGGUCGUUGUGCACGGCAAGGUCGGCAGUGGCAAGUCGUCGCUCUGCAUGGCACUCCUCGGUGAGAUGCAUGCUCUCUCGGGGCGCAUGGCUGUCAACGGUCGCAUUGGCUAUUGCCCCCAAGAGCCAUGGGUCCAGCACAUGAGUCUCCGCGACAACAUCCUCUUUGGCCGCCCGUUCGACGCCGCUCGGUACGCAGCUGUCGUCGACGCGUGUGGACUUGUCGCCGACUUUGAGCAAAUGAAGUUUGGCGACGGCACGCUCGCCAACUCCAAGGGCGCCAACCUCAGUGGCGGCCAAAAGGCGCGACUCGGUCUCGCUCGCGCGAUCUACAGCGACGCUGACAUUCUCCUUCUGGACGCACCCUUGGCUGCCAUCGACGCGGUCGUCCAGAAAGAGAUCUUUACCAAGUGCAUUCUGUCACUUCUCGCGACCAAGACGGUCGUUCUCGUGACGCACAACCGCGACAUCAUCGACUCGGCGCACGUGCACCAAGUGAUCGAGAUGGACGACGGUGGCAUCGUUGCUCGUGCGCAGCGCAAGCCCUCGGCGCCGCCUGCUGCGUUCAAGCACGCGUCGGCCGAAGUGGCAGUGGCCGCCAACGACCGCUGGGCCACGUACUUUCAUGACGCGAUCGACGACGACGACAAGGCCGAGACCCAAGAAGACGAGCACCGCGAAGAAGGCCAGGUCGCCGGCGACAUCUUUCGCCGGUUUCUUGCCGCGUGCGGCGGCGGCCCGACGAUCGCAGUCGUCGUCAGCUGUCAGCUGCUCUGGCAAGCGUUCCAGGUUGCGAGUGACUUUUGGCUCAGCCAUUGGACGUCGACCAUUGUUGCCACGCAGAAGGACGAUGCGUCGUACUACCUCGGCGUCUACGGCAGUCUCUGCUUGGCGAGCGUGCUCAUGGUGCUUCUCCGCACGAUCACGGUCGCGAGAGCCGGUCUCCGCGCCUCGAAGCACCUCUUUGAGGCCAUGACGACGUCGCUUUUGGCGGCGCCGAUGCGGUUUUUUGAUGCGACGCCGAGCGGGCGCAUCAUCAACCGGUACGGUGACGACGUCGCCACCAUUGACACGCGUCUGCCGAUCAACUUUGGCUCUAUCUCGGCAGUCGCGGCGGUUCUGAUUGCGUCGUUGGCCACGUCCAUCUUUGUGGUGGGAUGGGCCGGUCUCUGCUUUAUUCCGAUCUUUGUCUUGUACUUCAAGCUCACCGUCAUGUACCUGCGGCCAUCCCGCGACCUCGCUCGGCUCGCCAAGAUCACCGCGUCGCCUGUGCUGAGCUUCCUCGACGAGAUCGAACACGGGUUCGUGUCGGUCCGCGCCUUUGGCGCCGCGUACUCGGCCAAGCAAGUCAACCGCCACGCCCAUCAUGUGGACAUGAGUGCACGCGUCGGGCUUGCCAAGGUCAUUGUCGACGAGUGGUUUGAGCUCAUGGUGCAGCUUGCGGGCACGGGCGUCGUCAUGAUCGUCGUCAUCAGCCUCGUCUACUUGCGGCCGUACCUCUCGGCGGGGAUCGUCGGCCUUGCGUUCAACUACAUUCUGGUGGCCAAUGCGUACCUCGCUGACCUCGUCCAGAGCUGGUCGCGCCUCGAGCUCAGCAUGGUAGCCCCCGAGCGCGUGCUCGAGUUUUGCGGGUUGGCGUCCGAAGACGACGCAACGUCGACGUCGCUUGUUGUCAGCGACACCUGGCACCUCGCGCGUGGGGACAUUUCGUUCAAGAACGUCAGCUUUCGGUACAAACCAACCACGGACUUGGUCCUCCGCAACCUCUCGUUGGAGAUUUCGGCCGGCGAGAAGAUUGGUAUUGUCGGCCGCACGGGCGCCGGCAAGUCGAGUCUGACCAUGGCUCUCUUCCGGCUCUACCCGCUCGCGUCAGGCGCCAUUUGCAUCGACGGGCGCGACAUUGCGACCCUCUCGCUGCAUUCGCUGCGCCAUCAGAUCUCGAUCAUCCCGCAAAACCCCGUCCUCUUCAAGGGUUCGCUGCGCUCGUACUUGGAUCCGUUUGAUGCAGCGACCGACGCAGCCUUGUACAACGCUCUGCGCCAAGUGCAACUGCCCGUCGCGUCGCUCGACGACGAAGCCGGCGCCAACUGGAGCGUCGGCGAGCGGCAAAUGCUGUGCUUGGCGCGGGCCCUCCUCGCGCAAGCUCGUGUCGUCGUCCUCGACGAAGCGACAGCCGCGAUCGACCACGCGACGGACUUGCACCUCCAGGAGGUCAUCGCAAACGCCUUCAAGGACGCGACGGUGCUCACGAUCGCCCACCGUCUGCACACGGUCGUCCACUCGGACCGCGUGCUCGUGCUCGAGGCAGGCGAGGCCGUCGCGUUUGGAGCCCCCAAGGCGCUUGUCCAGGACGUCGGCAGUGUGUUUUACAACCUCGCCCAGGACGGUGGCGUCCUCGACCUCUUGCUGGCGUAGCGCCGUUCUGCGUUUGAUGUAUGAACGAUGGAUACGGUUGGUCAAUCAAUCUCAAGUAGUAUCGAGUUGAUA